UGUGAUAAUAUGUAUUCAAUUGAGAAGGCUCAAUGUGGUCCAUAUGAAUUCAUUUAUUCUGAUGAUUCUGAUGUUCAUCACACAUAUCGUAAUUAUUUGUGUAACAUUGAUGAUACUUAUUGGUUGAAUUAUUACAACUGCACCAAUUAUUACUACAACUCUCAGACAAUUAAUCUGGAUAUUGAAAAUUUCAAAGAAAAGUAUUAUGAUUGCUCCUAUUAUAUAACUCAAACAUAUUCAUCAGUCGAUCUCUCAUCUUAUUAGAGUAGUUAUAGUUCAGCUUACUACGAUGAUUAUUACUAGAACAAUG